CAUCUGAUUGGACUUACGCACAUGUUGCUAUCAUUUAACAAUCAGACAGGAGUGAAUCCCUCUCUGUAUCUCUUGUCUGAGAGUCCAUCACAAAAGGAUUUAACUCCUCGACCACAAACUGUAACUCAGCUGUUUCCACAUAGCAUUAUCCUCAGCUCAGACCUAUAAGUAAAGAUGUACCGUGGGCUAGUGUUACUGUUCUUGGUUUUGGUGCUGGAAACCCGAUGGAGUGAGUCGAGCUGUCAGCAGUCAGAGUCUCAAAGAGCAGUUUCAGGCGAGAGUCCGGGUUUUCGGCUGUCGGCUCAUAACUUGCUGAAGAGGUAUAAUGACAUAGAUUAUGACAGUUUCGUCGGAUUAAUGGGGCGCAGGAACGCCGACACAGAAGAUAUACCACCUCAGCGUAAAAGGGAAAUGCACGAUAUCUUUGUUGGACUCAUGGGGCGACGGAGCGCUGACCCUGAAACUGGGCGUCCAUGGAGGAAAGAGUAUCCAGAAACAGGCUCAAGCGGAGGCAUCUUCUUCAACAAAUGCAAACUGAGGUUUCGUCGUGGGUUAUAGACAAAUGAAUUGUUUCACAUCCAAUCAAUCAUCUAUCCCACCCUGUCAUGACAGCUUCUUUUCAAUACAUUUCUUUGGAGCAACAAGAAAAUCAUAAUUUAUUUUACAGAAGUAAUAGAGCAAGAGAAAAUAUUUAUAUAAGAUGAAUCAAAUAAACAUGAUUUCCUAUGG